AUGGAGCUCUAUCUACGGGGAAGGAGGAGGAGAAUGGAGCUCUAUCUACAGGGAAGGAGGAGGAGAAUGGAGCUCUAUCUAUGGGGGAGAGGAGGAGAAUGGAGCUCUAUCUACUGGGAAGGAGGAGGAGAAUGGAGCUCUAUCUAUGGGGGAGAAGAUGAGAAUGGAGCUCUAUGGGGGAGAGGAGGAGAUUGGAGCUCUAUCGAGGAGGAGAAUGGAGCUCUAUCGAGGAGGAGAAUGGAACUCUAUCUACUGGGAAGGAGGAGGAGAAUGGAGCUCUAUGGGGGAGAGGAGGAGAUUGGAGCUCUAUCGAGGGGGAGAAUGGAGCUCUAUCGAGGAGGAGAAUGGAGCUCUAUCGAGGAGGAGAAUGGAACUCUACUGGGAAGGAGGAGGAGAAUGGAGCUCUAUGGGGGAGAGGAGAAGAAUGGAGCUCUAUCUAUGGGGGAGAAGAUGAGAAUAGAGCUCUAUGGGGGAAAGGAGGAGAAUGGAGCUCUAUCUAUGGGAGAGAGGAGGAGAAUGGAGUUCUGUCUAAGGGGGAAAGGAGGAGAAUGGAGCUCUAUCUAUGGUGGAGAGGAGGAGAAUGGAGCUCUAUCUAUGGGGGAGAGGAGGAGAAUGGAGCUCUAUCUAUCCUAUAUACAGGCAACAUACAUUCCAUAUACAUUUAUCACAUGCCUUUUAUAUACAUACAGCAUACACAUUAAAGGACCACUAUAGUGUCAGGAAAACAUACUCGUUUUCCUGGCACUAUAGUGCCCUGAGGGUGCCCCCACCCUCAGGGUCCCCUUCCCGCCCGGCUCUGGAAGGGGGAAGAGGGGUAAAACUUACCCCGUCGGGUAAGAGCUGCGUGUGCAUUCAGCCGGUCGUAUAGGAAAGCAUUAUCAAUGCUUUCCUAUGGACGCUUGCGUGCUCUCACUGUGAUUUUCACAGUGAGAAUCACGCAAGCGCCUCUAGCGGCUGUCAAUGAGACAGCCGCUAGAGGCUUUGGGGGAAGGCUUAACCCAUUCAUAAACAUAGCAGUUUCUCUGAAACUGCUAUGUUUAUUAAAAAAAUGGGUAAAUCCUAGCUGGACCUGGCACCCAAACCACUUCAUUAAACUGAAGUGGUCUGGGUGCCUAGAGUGGUCCUUUAAGUACAGCAUACAUUUUAAGUACAUUAGGUGAUUGUCAUAUUUAAGAGUGUCAAAUUAGGGAGGUGGUUGUGUUUAGUAGAUAGAUCCAUAUUUUGGAAUCCUUACAUGUGGCAAUCCCACAUAUAAAAUGUAUGUGCUGCAUGUACAGUGUAUGUAGAAUGUAUGUGCUAAAUGUACAGCGUAUAUAAAAUGUAUGUGCUGCGUGUACCGUGUAUAUAGAAUGUAUGUGCUGCGUGUACCGUGUAUAUAGAAUGUAUGUGCUGCACCUACCGUGUAUAUAGAAUGUAUGUGCUGCAUGGACAGUGUAUAUGGCAUGUACGUGCUGAAUGCAUAUAGAAUGAAUGUGAUAUACACAUGAUAAAAUGUAGUUUUACUCUUUACUGAGCUUUGCCAGUGUUGCAGAUAUUCUCAUCCAAUGUGCUAGCCCUGCAUUGCACGGCUUAACUCAGGACAGCUAACGGAACCUCCUGGGCAAGAGUGGCCUUCACUGAGCAGUAGUGGAGACACUUAGAUAUUAGAUAUUGAGGUUUCUGUAAAUACGAGUAUAACCAAAAUCUGACAUGAGCAAUGAUGCAAAGAUGGCCGCUGUGGUUAAACCAAGUAAAAUAAAAUAAAAAAACAGGUGUUUUCGCAAUACCAAUAAAUAGAGCUAAUCACUAAAAACAGUCAAACAGUCCAUGCUGGACCACAUGAGAUCAAUUCAUUCUGAAAUGUUCCCUAUGCACUGGCCCCACCUCGUCUAUGUACAUUUCCUUGCUCUCCCUCCCCUUUGGUCUUCCCAAGGUUAUAUACCCAUUCCUAUAUAAAUAUGCCUGUCCCUUCCUUUUGCCCCAUUUCACCAUGGCCAUUAUUCUGCUCAUACCUCUGCUUCUCCUCCUGUCCUGUGUUUAUUUAUUUAGGUCCCAAAUCCAAAGAUCUAGAUCUGGCCAGCCUUGCAUCCAAUACCCCCCACGUCCCCCAGCUUUCCCCUUUGUAGGUAACUUGUUUCAUUUGGGGCGUGCUGACCUGCCGGUUCAUUUUCUUCAGCUAUCCCAAAAAUAUGGCCCCAUCUACCGCCUGAGCUUCUGGGAGAAAGGUGAGUGUGUAUUUAUUCUGAUUGUUUACAGAGCACUAACAUAUUCUACAGCGCUGUACAACGACCAUACAAAUAUAUUAAGAGAAUGAUGAAAGGUUGCCAAGUUAUGAGGAGGACCUGUUUACGAUCUAGACCUGUCAUGUGUAAUGGUACUAGAACAGACAGGGAUCUGCAUUAAAUGUAGAAAUUCUAUUGUUUUGAUUGCUAUAUACAGGCUUAUUCACUCAACUGAAAAUUGUCGGGUCUUCAAAGUGAAUUCAAAAUGAAUUUCAAAUGUAUGGCGAAAGUAGCCGCUUAGAUAAUUCUGCUAUUUCGACUAUUUUGGCCUUAAAUUUUACAUUUCCAACAAUUUGCACUUUUUGUAAAUAAUGAACAACAAAAACAAAACAUCUAAAGUUCAAAAAAAUCAUUUAAAGUAAUGUAUGAUAUCGUUUACAUCAUUAGUCAAAUAUGUGUAUAGGUAUUAAUCCUUCCAUGUAAUCGAUAAUAUUAGUAUUAUUAGUAGAUAAUAUAAAUUUUUUUGCAUGCUCAACAAAGAUGAAGUGGAAAACAGAAAUUGCACGAUGCACACAGGAACAAUGUACAACAAAUAUAUAUUGUAUAGACUCGAGAGAGCUAUACAAAUGGGGGCAUCUAUUAAAGGAACAGCAGAAAUGAACUCUAAUACAAAUAAUUCUACUUUGUAGAUCAAUGUUUUGUAGAAACUAGUGCGAUAUAUAUAAAGUAGUUACAAACACAACAAAUUAGGAACACGGUGUAUGGUUUAGUAAAUCAAUGCUAGAGCUGUAAAAUCUAAAUUUAUUUCAAAAUAACUGUUUCUUUAAAAGUUGCAGGCUCUCGGAAACUGUCUGUGGCUGUGUAGAUUGAGAGUUCUGGAACAGGCAGGCAGUCAGUUUUUUUCUUUGAAGUGGCAUAUUUGUCCUCAAAAUCAAUGUAGAAAAUAAACUAAGGUUCUGCAGAACAUUCGCAAUUCAGUUUCCAUUCACCAUGUUUUGCUGUUUAGUGAAUAAGCCCCUUGUGUCUCUUGCUGCGGGGACUGUGGGAGAGGAUGAGGGAUUUAAGGUCUGACACCUGUGCAUUUAGCUUUGGGUGAGAAUGUAUUUCCAUACUGGGGAGUUGCUGUGGGGGGCUGACUUAGGUUCUGAAAUGUCAUGGGUCUAAUGUCAUCAGCCAGAUCCCCUGUAAUACAGAGGGAUUUUAAUGCACACUUCUUGGAGCUAAUUAAUAUACAGCAGAUUGUGGGGGUAUUGCUGUGAGUGCCGGGUUAAUACACCAUGGAUCGAUGUUAAUACAACGCGUGUGCAGUUUAUAUAAUAUUGUGAAUUCAUUGAGAGAUUUGGUGCCAUAAUGAGAUUUAUACAGUUUUUUAAAGAUUUAUACAUUUAUAAAGUUUACCCCGUAGGCUAAAGCCCCUAAUAUUUUUGCCACCUAGCGACGGCCCUGCGGUAUGCAUACGUUAAUAUGAAAGGUACACAGGAUGUUAGGGUGUUUACUGUGAAAAUGCGAAAUUAUUGAAUAACCAGUCAUAACAGACACGUGUUUUUAUUCCACAAACCACAAUGUAACUGGAUUUAACACUUAACUUCUAAAAUGCUAUAAGAAAAGUGAUGCAUUAGAAGCUUAUUUGUUUUCCCAUAAUAAUAACCGUUAUUUUCAGCAGAUAAUUAGCUAACUCCUACUGAGGUAUUAGGGUGGACAAUUUAAUCCCGAGUCAUGUGACCUUGCACUCACCUACGAUUAAAGCCCUCUUUACCUUUUGUAUUUGUCGGUGUAUAUUGUACUCCUCUCAAUUGUACAGCGCUGCGGAAUAUGUUGGCACUUUAUAAAUGCCAAUAAUAAUAAUUAGUAUUUAUUUAUCUCCCCCAUCUGAUUACCGUUCUAUUUCUCUCCAUUAAGAGGUCAUUCGUGGUAUAAUACAUCUUCUUGUCAUAUUCCUUUCCUUACAGACUUUGUUGUAUUAAACACAACCUCUCUGAUUCGUGAAGCGCUGGUUAAGAAAUGGGCAGACUUUGCUGGGAGACCCCCAAGCUACAUUGGUAAUAAAUAUGUGGUGAGGGGUUGGAGAGUUUUUGUGGCACUGGCUACUAUUUGGUUACUUUUCUGGAGCACAAUCGCAGCACUCAUUACUGGCAUAUCUUUCAUUGUUUAGAAAAGGAAUUAAUUAUUUUCUUUAUGUAUGGAUAAGAACUCAAUCGUCUUUCCUUCAAAUAUAGCUCUGCCAGUCUGUAUUGUGGCCGAUGGGUCAGUUUAUUGAAUAGGAGUUAGCUGGGGCUGGAUUUACUGGGUUUAGGGUAGAUUUCCCAUUGGAACACAUACCUCUGGGUGUCAUGGAGCUUAAUGCAGGAUUGGUUCUAGAAUACAUUGUUUAACCUUGCCUUGCCCAAAGACUCCUUGUGCAUCACGGGGAAUGUAGCUCUCAAAAUUCUGGAGAUCAGAGAUUGAACACUACUGCACAAGAACAAAUGGUAUCUGGUGCAGGUAAAAGGUAAGUUCUAUCUUAGUCAUAUGGGAUGUCCUUCUCUCUAGAAAAUGGCCAUUGGUUAAUAAUGGUCCAGCUCCGGGAGAAGUGACCAGCAUUCCGUGACAAGCUUAAUGUUCCCUGUUUGUCCAUCCAGAUAAUGUCUGGAUAAGAACCUAAACACACAAACCCAGUACACAAUAAAGGAAAAGUAACUCAGUACUACUGGACCUUAGAAUGGCCGGGUUGAAUGUAAUACAGUAGUCAGAGUAAUAGCGCAAGUUAAGGGCAGUAGAAAUCAGAAUAACCAAAGACAAACUGUAAAUGAGAGUACAGAGAUCAAUGCCAACAAUGGCAAAGGUCAAUACCAGUGAGUCAGAGAAUAUAAGGAACACACUAUUGGGCAAAAAAGAACCAUAACAGAUCAACAAUGUGUAGGUAUAACGGUACUUACCUGGUCCGGCAGGGGUCCUCCGAUUGGGCCACGCACCAAACAGUCUGAUCAGCGCACGGCCUGUACAGUAUUGGGAACAUUGCUUGCGUCGCAAGCACGUUCUUAUAGAGGAAAUGGAAGCCUAACCAUGCGGUCGGCUCCCAUUGGCCCAUGUCAUUCCGGCGCCCCCAUUCAGGCAUGUUUUGGGGCGCAGGCAUGACGUGGACCAAUCAAAUAAACAAUAGAUUCUGUGCCCUAUUGUUGUUUCUGUUCCCAGUACCCUGUAGUGCGUUCCUUGUGAUAUACUAUUGUAUUCUGGUAUUGACCUUGGCUUUGUUUCCUGACUCUGAGCCUAUUAGGGUUAUACUCCAUGACAGUGGGACAGGUAAGUUUAAAUAGUCGGCUAGCGUCACCUUCGUGCUCCAAGAGAAAUAAGGGCGGCAGAAAGCUGUAUUUGUGUGACCCAUGACAUCAUAGGAGGGUGCCCGAUUCGGGUACUGUACUGUUUGUGUCACCGUAUUUGUAAAAUUUACCUUCAUACAGGUGACCUCAUAUCUCUGGGUGGAAAGGACUUGUCUUUGGGAGAUUAUACCCCAAUCUGGAAGGUGCAGAGACGCCUCACACACUCCUCUUUGCAGAACCGCGUGCGCCAAGACCUGGAGACUCUGCUGCAUGGCGAGGCCAGGGAGAUGUGCCAAGUGAAUAUAUAUAGGGUGGUUGGAUGUCCGUGUGAUGGGGAAGAAUGUGUUGGAGCUCAAUCAAAAACAGCUCAUUAAAUAGGAUUUGAAUAUCAAACAGAUUGUUGGUUCUCUGUAAAGACUCUGCUUUGUCUGGAGAGUAUUGCGUUUAUUGUGCAAAACAUUAGAUUUAAAUUUAGACAGAUUCUCUGUACAGUGCAAUAUGCUUGAGAAUGACGAACAUGCAGUAGUGAAUUAGUUUAUAUCAUGUUUACAAGGGAGGUGAGUCUUCACUAUUUCUCAGGCAGAUAUUUGCGUGACACUGGAAAUAGCGAGUUUGUUCCUGUGUGAAUGAAGAAUAAAAUAAAGUUGUGAAUGAGUGAAGUUUGGGGGAGCUUGGUCGUGAUAUCUGACCAGAUUAAUAUAUUUGGCCGAUGGUGAAAUCAUAAAGGUCCUGUCUUCCCUCCUCCCAGGAUUACAUGAACACAAAGGGGGCCCCAUUCAAUGUGUCUGAAGACUUCUCUAAGCGCACGUGCAGGAUCAUAGCCACACUGACAUUCGGCACCAAGGUGAACAAGCGGCUCUACCCUCCUCUACCUGCUUUGCUAACAUUCCACAUACCAAUGAUGGGCAACAUUGGCAUCCAAUAUGUUUAUGAACUUAAUUUUCCAUGAUGAAUGUUGACUGGUUAAUUUAGUUUACAAAUAACUGGGGAGCCACCAACGUCAGCCACCGCUGCCCCAUACCUUCCUUCUUUAACUGGUCUCCUCUGCAGGUAUUUACUUACCUAGCUACCUGUCUCUCAUAGUCACCUCUCAAAUACCAUCACCCACCACCUGCCUACCUUCUGUCCUCCCCUGUCUCCUCAUUACAUUUGGUGGUAAAAUUAACCUGAAAUUAUUUUCAAUUGUUUCUCUUUUAGUACGAGCUGUCAGACCCCACAUUCCAGGAAAUCCACAAGUGCAUUGUUGAUAUAGUAAAUUUAUGGGAGUCUCCUCGUGUCACUAUCUUGGACUUCAUACCCAUUCUUAGGGUGAGAUAUUGUAUCCUUAAUGAACAGAUAAUGCCAUAGUUCAUUCCUCAGCACACAAGAUGACAUAGAUGGAGGACCUAUGGGUCUCGGUGAGUGACACAGUGACACAGACAAGCAUGGCAAAGGGUAAAUGGGGACGCCAGUGAGAACAUGCCACGCUGUCUGCCAAUCAAACAGGCCGGCCCACCAAGGACCAUGCAGAGAUUGCUGUUUUAGUGCUCUCUGCACAGUCAUAGUGCUGUGAGCAUAAGGCAAAAGUGUCUAACAAAAUGCUUUCUCUACACUUUUUGAAAGUAGUUUCCUGGUGUCCCCAAAAAUGGGAACAAAGUCAGGAUAGCGGGACAUAACCUUGAAAUUUGGACCUCUCACCUAAAUUGGGUCAGUUUGGAGGUCUACAGAAGGAUCCAUGGGUCUGUCUUCUCCUGCAGGAUGACACAGUGACACAAACAGACAAAGCUACGAGUCUGUCCUCCUCCUGCAGGGUGACACAAACAGAGGGAGCUAUGAGUCUCUUCCCCCCUGCAGGGUGACACAGAUCAAACACAGUCAAUUAACUCUAUUUCGGUGCAAUUAAAUCUUCAUACCUACAUUGAUUUGAUCAUUAUCCUUCCUAGAAAUUGCCAAACAGAACCUUAAAUCUUCUCCUGGAGGCGACAGAAAGAAGAAAUUGUUUUGUGAAAACGCAAGUGGAGAAGCAUAAGGUUUGUGAAUGGAAAUGUUAAUGGACCCGAGGUGAGCUGGAGCGUUAGCUCAGUGGUUACAAAAUACUUAUCAUAUUAUUAUGAGCACCUUCCCAUCUGACUGGAUUGAAUCAUUGAAAUAAUCUCAGAUCUCCGAUUCCUUCCAGUCCCAUCCUGCAGCCAGCGAAUCUGAGAGAGAUAUCCUGGAUGCCAUGAUUCACUUCCUGAAGGAAAAAGGCAAGACUGACAGCGAUGGGGUGACAGAACUUUCUGAGGACCACCUGCAUAUGUCAGUAGUCGAUCUGUUUAUAGGAGGCACGGGGACCACGGCCUCCUUAUUAACAUGGACAGUGGCCUACCUCCUUCAUAAUCCUGAGGUAUGACCGGUUGGCCAGAAUGUUUUCUUCUAAAUCCUGAGCUCAUUCCAUCUCCCCACACUCACUAUAACCCACACUACCUGAGCAGUACGCUCAGUGCAGCUCCCCACACCUCCUAUAACACACACUACCUGAACAGUACGCUCACUGCAGCUCCCCACACCUCCUAUAACACACACUACCUGAGCAGCACACUCACUUCAGCUCCCCACACCUCCUAUAACACACACUACCUGAGCAGCACACUCACUGCAGCUCCCCAUACCUCCUAUAACACACACUACCUGAGCAGCACACUCACUGCAGCUCCCCACACCUCCUAUAACACACACUACCUGAGCAGCACACUCACUGGAGCCAUCACACCUCCUAUUACACACUACCUGAGCAGGAGGCUCACUGUACCUCCACACACCUCCUAUUACCCACACUACCUGAGCAACACACUCGCUCCAGCUCCCCACAUCUUCUAUAACACACACUACCUGAGCAGCACGCUCACUGCAGCAAUCACACCUCCUAUAACACACUACCUGAGCAGCACACUCACUGAAGCUCCCCACACUUCCUAUAACACACACUACCUGACCAGUACGCUCACUGCAGUUCCGCACACCUCCUAUAACCCACACUACCUGAACAGUACACUCAUUCUAGCUCCCACACCUCCUAUAAUACACACUACCUGAGCAGCACACUCACUACAGCUCCCCGCACCUCCUAUAACACAAACUACCUGAGCAGUGCAUUCACUGCAUCUCCCUACACCUCCUAUAACACAAACUACCUGAGCAGUGCACUCACUGCAUCUCCCUACACCUCCUAUAACACACACUACCUGAGCAGUACGCUCACUGCAGUUCCACACACGUCCUAUAACCCAGACUACCUGAGCAGCACACUCACUGCAGCAAUCACACCUCCUAUAACACACACUACCUGAGCAGUGCACUCACUGCAUCUCCCUACACCUCCUAUAACACACACUACCUGAGCAGCACGCUCACUGCAGCUCCCCACAUCUCCUAUAACCCACACUACCUGAGCAGCAUGCUCACUGCAGCUCCCCACCAGGGCUGCCAUCAGAAAUUUUGGGGCCCCUGACACAGCUCAAGGUCUGGGCCCCCCGGUGCCUGCACCCGAGUCCGCCCAAAGUGCUGCCCCCCCCCCCGAGUCCGCCCACAGGAAUGCAGUGUCUGCAGGGCCGGUGCAAGGAUUUUUGCCGCCCUAGGCAAAAGUAAAGUUUGCCGCCCCCCAUGUGACAUCACAAUGCCCCACCCAUAUGAUCUGCCAUGUUAACUAACACAGUGCUGCAGUGCCGCCGUGUUUACAUUAAAAGGCCUGCAGGGACAGGCUAGACACCAGAACCACUACAUUAAGCUGUAGUGGUUCUGGGGACUAUAGUGUCCCUUUAAUGUGAGGUAAAUUAGAGAUUAGUGCCACAAAUAAUAUACUAGAUUGCCUACUUACAACCAGAUGAGGAAGAUGAUGGGCUCUAGCUGCCGUCUGGCUCCACUGGUCUGGUGUAGAACAGGCUCUCUGGAGGCGGUUUGUAACUGUGGUCACAAAAAUCAAUGUUCUGGGAUCAAUGGGAAGCAGCUCCAUUUUUUUGAGGGCCCUUUACACAGCUCAAUGUCUGGGUCCCAUGAUCCACCUUCAUGUUCCACCAAUGAGUUUGUUCACAGGGGGUGGAGUGUGUGUGGGGGGGAUGUCCUGAUGUGUGUAAGGAAUGCAUUGUGUGAAUCUGUGUUUGUAUGUGUAAGGGCUGCAAGGUGAGUUUGUGUAUGUAUGGGAUGCAGUGUGUGCGUCUGUAAGGGAUGCAUUGCUUGUGUAUGUGUGUCUGUGUGUAAUGCAUUGUGUGUUUUUCUGUGUGCAAGGGGUGCAUUGUGUGUGUGUAUGAUGGAUGACAAUCUCUCCCCCUCCCCCCGUCAAUUUCCUUCUCCCCCCUCCAAUUUCCUUCUUCUCCCCCUCCCUCCCUCUUUCUAAUUUCCUUCUUCUCCCCCUCUCUCCAAUUUCCUUAUUCUCCCCUCCUCUCCUUCUUCUCCCCCUCUCAAUUUCCUUCUUCUCCCCCUCCCUCAAAUUUCCUUCCCCUCCCUCCCUCCUUCCCUCCCUCCUCUCUCCCCUUCCCUCCCUCCUCUCCCCCUGACAGCCAGCCAGCGUGCGAGGGAGCACUCUCCCUGGCUGAGUGCUUCCUCUUCAGCUCCCUCGCGCGCUGAGUACUAAUGCCGGCGCCGGAAGAUCAGUAGGGAGCUGAAGAGGAAGCACACAGAGGAGAGUGCUCCCUCGCGCGACGGCCCGCCCGCCGGCUGUCAGCAGGGCCAGCCUCUGGGGGGCCCUGAGGUGACCAGCUGCUGGGCCCCCCAGGAGAAGAGGCUGGCCCAGUGGGUACAUACCAGGGUCGCAGGGCCCCCUGCGACCCGGUAUGUACACCACUGGAUGUGGGGCCCGGACGACCUGAGCAGUCCAGGCCCCCCAGGACCGCCGGGCCCAUGACAACCAUUACGGUUGUCAUGCCCUGAUGGCGGCCCUGCUCCCCACACCUCCUAUAACCCAAACUACCUGAGCAGCACACUCAAUGCAGCUCCUCAUACCUCCUAUAACACACACUACCUGAGCAGUACACUCACUGCAGCUCCCCACACCUCCUAUAACACACACUACCUGAGCAGCACACUCACUGCAGCUCCCCACACCUCCUAUAACACACACUAACUGAGCAGUAUGCUCAUUCUAGUUACCCACACCUCCUAUAACACACACUACCUGAGCAGUACGCUCAUUCUAGCUCCCCACACUCCAUAAAACCGACGCUCACUCAAGUCUCCACUCAAGCAUAACUCCCAAUUCUUCAUGGGACAUCGAUGGGCAAGGGGAAAAGUGGCCAGGGACGCUAAUGCAUUUUGGGAACAGAUCUCUGGUGUUCCCAAAAAUAGGACACCAGGGAACAAAUCUGACAUGGUGGGACAGCACCCUAAAUUCUGGACUUUACGCCAAAAUUAAGACUAUUGGGGGGUCUGCUCAAGUUUUAAAACGACACGUCCUGAGCAGCAUGUCUAUUCCGGAUUUUUACACUCUCCCUGCCCUUUAUUCCAUUAUCACACUUUAUUUGCUUAAAAAAACAAGGCAGGUAGUAUAACAGCAUUUCUGUGGUAGAAUCUUCCUGAAAUCCCCAAACCUGCCACCAAUAUAAUGUUACUCAAACAUCUGCCUCUACCAGUUUGUAUUAAAGAAGAACCUACACAUUUAUUUAUUUUACUCACUAUUUUAAAACAAAGGAAAUGAUAAAGUUCUGUGUUCUUCCUACCUUUACCUCUCAGGCACAAGAAAAGAUUUAUGAAGAGAUAAUAGGUGCAGUGGGGCCUGAUAAUUACCCCACGUAUUCAGACCGUAAUUCUCUGCCGUAUCUUAAUGCCACCAUUUCUGAGAUGCUCAGAUUGCGCCCUGUUGUACCACUCGCCGUUCCACACUGUGCCACUAGAGACACCAGGUAAGGCGCAGUAUUACAGAGUGUGCCAAUAGUGGGCAAUGUCUCAAAAUUGGCAUAAUGCUCUGUUAUCUGUGUUAAUAUUGUUAUAUAUUGCUAUAAUAAUCUUAGUAUUUCUUUAUCAAUCUGCUGCAAUGCACAUUAUGGCCACUUGGUGUCGCUAUUCCUAAAAUGUGCAUUGAACAUCAGUAUAGAACUAAAUCUCAGUGAUGGCAAAUCUGUGGUCCUGCAGCCUUUGCGGCUAUGGAAGACCCAGUCUAGAACAGAUGCAGUGCCAUCAUUUGUAUUUGCCAACAUUUGUAGACACUUUGCAAAGGGACUUCCUGCAAUACCAACUGAGGCCACUAGAUGUCAUUAGACUUCAUCUAGUCCUGUGACACACAGUAUAGACCUCUAUACCUGUGCACAUUUAGGGUUAUAUUGACUGGUACUUGUUUCAUCAAGUCUUUUUCUUCUAACCAUCAACCUAUUAGAAUUAUUUAUAGAAUUCUAACAUAUUGCACAGUUCUGAACAAUGGGUUAAACACCACUAGACAUACAGAUAAAACACGACAAAUGUAGGUAAAUUGGAAUAAAGCGUAAUUGAUGGACUUUCAAUGUAUCGGUGCUGGGGUAAAGUUACACAAAAACAAAGAACAGCCCAGAGAGACAGGAGGAUGGAAUGCAGAGAUAUGGUACGUGUCAGAACAAGGGAUAGAGAUGGGGGGUUAGAGGAACUAAGAUGGGGGGAUACAGGAACUUAGAUGGGGGGUUACAGGAACAUAGAUGGGGGGUUACAGCAACAUAGAUGGGGGGUUACAGGAACUAAGAUGAGGGGUUACAGCAGCAUAGAUGGGGGUUACAGGAACUUGGGUAAGGGGUUACAGGAACUAAGAUGGGGGUUAGAGGAACUAAGAUAGAGGAUACAGGAACUUAGAUAGGGGGUUACAGGAACUAAGAUGGGGGGUUACAGCAACAUAGAUGGGAGUUACAGGAACUAAGAUGGGGGUUACAGGAACAAGAUGGGGGUUACAGGAACAGAUGGGGUUACAGGAACAAGAUGGGGGUUAGAGGAACUAAGAUGAGGAUACAGGAACUUAGAUGGGGGGUUACAGGAACUAGAUGGGGGUUACAGCAACUAUAGAUGGGGGUUACAGGGAACUAAGAUGGGGGGUUUACAGCAACAUAGUGGGGGUUACAGGAACUUAGAUGGGGGGUUACAGGAACUAAGAUGGGGGGUUAGAGGAACUAAGAUGGGGGGAUACAGGAACUUAGAUGGGGAUAGAAAAAUCAUUAAUGAGGCCUUACAUUGUAUCUUAUGUUAGAAAGGAUGAUAUGCUUUUAAAUUAAGGGGCCAGGCUUUGGCAGUUGAUUGGACGAGAAGAAUUAAAUAUAGGUGACCUCUAUCUACCUCUAAUAAAUUCAUCAGAGCAGUAAGAAUAUAUUGAUAAGGAUUUCUUUUAACUCCCGGAUGUGUAUUGCAAUAAUUAGCAUUCAUUAACCAAGAGCAACAAAUUGAAUGGCUUGAUGGAAAAAUGUGUGUUCUUCACACAUUGUACAUGAAUCAACAAGCGUUACUGUUAGUAUGUAACAUCAUUGAUGUUGUACAGGUUAGUAUCAGGGGAUUUUGUUUUUCAAUCUAUUCUUGUUAAUAUUCACCUAGUGGUUAAUCUGCUGGUCACAGCUCUAGGCACCUCCCACAGUGGGUAAUCUCUUGAUCUCAGUCUCUGUGCCCUUCCCACACUAGAUAAUCUCAUGGUCACUUUCUCUAUGCUUUUCUGACAGUGGAUAAUAUCAAGGCAUCAGUCUCUAUGCCCCUCCCACAGUGGAUAAUAUCUUGGUUUUAGUCACUAUACUCCAACCACAGUGUGUAAUCUCUUGGUUGCUAUCUCUAUGCUCCUCCCACAGUGUGUAAUCUCUUGGUUGCUGUCACUAUGCUCCUCCCACAGUGUGUAAUCUCUUGAAUGCUGUCUCUAUGCUCCUCCCACAGUGUGUAAUCUCUUGGUUGCAGUCUCUGUGCUCCUCCCACAGUGUGUAAUCUCUUGGUUGCUGUCUUUAUGCUCCUCCCACAGUGUGUAAUCUCUUGGUUGCUGUCACUAUGCUCCUCCCACAGUGUGUAAUCUCUUGAAUGCUGUCUCUAUGCUCCUCCCACAGUGUGUAAUCUCUUGGUUGCAGUCUCUGUGCUCCUCCCACAGUGUGUAAUCUCUUGGUUGCUGUCUUUAUGCUCCUCCCACAGUGUGUAAUCUCUUGGUUGCUAUCUCUAUGCUCCUCCCAUAGUGUGUAAUCUCUUGAAUGCUAUCUCUAUGCUCCUCCCACAGUGUGUAAUCUCUUGAUUGCUAUAUUUAUGCUCCUCCCACAGUGUAUAAUCCCUGAUCACUGUCACCCAGUACAUACCUUCCUCAAUAAACAUUGUGGUACCUAUAGUAACUGUGUUUUUGCAUCUAAAAGCAUUCAUUUCCCACCUAGUGUUGCCGGAUAUUGCAUUCCUAAAGGAACAAUUGUAAUUCCAAAUAUUUUUGCUGCUCACCAUGAUACAACCGUCUGGGACAAUCCAACACAGUUUUCCCCUGGUAAGUGUUUCUAAUGAUGAUGAAGUAUGGGGAGUUUACAUCUCACAGUUAUACGUGUCCCAAACUAGGCCUCAGAUAAAUGGUAAUUUAAAAUGAACAAAAAACAAUAUUAACUUUGUAAAGCGAACACAUGUGGUUACACGGCUGCACUGUAACAUGGGUUAAUUACUUCUGCCUCAUUAGAGAUUUGACUUGUCUUUUUGUACAUAAUUUACGUGUGUGGCUUUUUACGUUAUUUAUUAACAUGACGUAUUCCUGUCUGCUUGUUCAGUGAGAAUGUGUACAUGUAUCUCUAUUUCUAAAUAGUUUCUCUCACUCCUAGAGCGCUUCCUGUCUGCCGCACAAUGUUGCCCGACCACCCGUUCUCUCGUUCCAUUUAGUGCGGGGGCCAGACUCUGCAUUGGGGAGACAUUGGCUCGCAUGGAAGCUUUCAUCUUUCUCUCCCAUCUCCUGAAAGGCUUUCGUCUCUCUCCCAUCUCACCCUCGCUACUUCCUGACCUAAGAGGGGUCUUUGGCAUCAACCUAAAGUGCCACCCCUUUCUAGUCCGCAUCCUGCCCCGGAACAACCCUCCAGUGCCUCCAUGUACUCACUGA